CUUGCCGCGGGCCAUGACGGGCAGUGCCCUGUGGUUUGGGCUUGGGACGUUUUGGGGGCGAGGCGUCCCCAGCCAGGGCCCCAGGCCUGCACGGUCUCAUGCCACAGGACUCGGGUAGCAAAUUCGCGGCCGCUGAGCAACUGAUGGGAGCUUUUCUGCCGUGGGCCUCAGGUUAAGGUUUGGGGGGCCAUGGAGCCCCAUUGGCCAGCAGUGCCCCAGCCCUUGUCUCUGCUGUCUGCCCAGCUGCUCCCCCACCCCACAUAGGGGCAAGGAUGGGUCAGCAACAGGUGCUGGAAAGCCUCAAAGUCACCAGGCAGACCCUUCCAACUUAAAUGGGGGACCAUCAGCUCCCCACGCCACCCCCUCAACUCAAAGAGCCCUGGGGUAAGGGAACCCAGCUAUUAAAGUCAGGCUUAGGUAGGAGGUACCUGGGGUCAGGCUUCUUCCAUGGGAGUGACCCCUUCCCCUUACCAUGCCUUACAAGCCCAGGCCCCACCUCCUGGCCCGCCACUUGCCUGUGGGUGUCAGGGCCUCAGGCUGUGGAGAACAGGCUGCUGCCUGGCCUGCCUCUGUGUGUCCUUCUGCCAGGACUCUCCUCCCAAGGUUGAGGUGCUGCCAGGUACCCUGGGGGCCGGGUGACUCAGCCUCCCCCUCCCAGCACAUCACCUACCCUCUCCACAUUCUCCUCUCCUGACAACUCCCUCCCGGCUUGAGGGGCUCAGCCUCUCCCUUGACCCUGGGGGCAGCCAGGGUGGUUUGAGGCCUCCCUGGAAGCCCUGCCCUGCUUAUCCUCUGAGCCUUGCUUCUGGGACCCUUGCAGGCCAGAGUCCUGAGACGUGUCCACGGCUGCCGCUCGAGGCCCAAGGGAAUGCUGGCUGCUCUCUGGGUGGGCACUGGUGCUCCUGAGCCAAGCUGGGCAGAGUGGUGUGCCCAGUCGCAGCCCAUCCCAGGGCCAUCGGAAGCUGCAAGCUGAUAUCCGUCCAGAUUUCCAUGCAGCCUCCACACCCUUAGAGAUCAGCUUUCCUGCUUGUGGUGGCAGCGCUCGAAGCACCUUGAGGGAGUACCCUCAGCACCUUUGGAGGAGCCCACUGCCUGGGGCACCAGACGCACCCCCAGGACUGCUGGCCCUCCAGGGCCCGAGGCAUGGCAUCCUGACUCCUCAGCUUGGACCACCUUCCCUGCCUCUGCCCUAUACCUCUGAGCCCAGAGCCCUGCCCAGGGGCCGGGAUGGGUCGUGAACAGGACUUGAUCCUUGCUGUCAAGAAUGGGGAUGUGACUGGUGUGCAGAAGCUGGUGGCUAAGGUCAAAGCUGCAAAGACCAAGCUCCUUGGCUCCACGAAAAGGCUCAAUGUCAACUACCAAGAUGCUGACGGGUUCUCCGCGCUUCACCAUGCGGCCUUGGGGGGCAGCCUGGAGCUCAUUGCUUUGCUGCUGGAGGCUCAGGCCACUGUUGACAUCAAGGACAGCAAUGGCAUGCGCCCACUACACUACGCAGCCUGGCAGGGCCGGCUGGAGCCCGUGAGGCUGCUACUGCGGGCCUCUGCAGCCGUCAAUGCCGCCUCGCUGGAUGGGCAGAUCCCACUGCAUCUGGCUGCGCAGUACGGACACUAUGAAGUGUCAGAGAUGCUCCUGCAGCACCAGUCCAACCCAUGCCUCGUCAACAAGGCCAAGAAGACACCCCUGGACCUGGCCUGUGAGUUUGGGCGGCUCAAGGUGACCCAGCUGCUACUCAACAGCCACUUAUGUGUGGCACUGUUGGAGGGCGAGGCCAAGGACCCAUGUGACCCCAACUACACCACACCCCUGCACUUGGCUGCCAAGAAUGGCCACAGAGAGGUCAUCAGGCAGCUCCUGAGGGCUGGGAUUGAGAUCAAUCGCCAGACCAAGGCCGGCACAGCCCUCCAUGAGGCAGCUCUGUACGGCAAGACCGAGGUUGUGCGAUUGCUCCUGGAGGGCGGGGUGGAUGUAAACAUCCGGAAUACAUACAACCAGACAGCACUGGACAUCGUGAACCAAUUCACCACUUCCCAGGCCAGCCGGGAAAUCAAGCAGCUCCUGCGGGAGGCCUCUGGGAUCCUGAAGGUACGAGCGCUGAAGGAUUUCUGGAACCUGCAUGAUCCCACAGCACUCAACGUCCGGGCCGGGGACAUCAUCACGGUGCUGGAGCAACAUCCCGAUGGCCGCUGGAAGGGCCACAUUCACGAGAGCCACAGGGGCACCGACCGCGUGGGCUACUUCCCUCCAGGCAUCGUUGAGGUGGUCAGCAAGCGGGUGGGCGUUCCCACGCCCCGCCUCCCCUCUGCGCCUGCUCCCCUGCGCCCCGGCUUCUCCAGGACACUGCAGCCUCCUGCAGAUGACCUGCUGCACCCCCUCUCCUGCAGCCAGCUCCCUUUAGGGGGCCUCAGCCCUGACAGCCCAGCAGGUGACAGGAACAGUGUGGGCAGCGAAGGUAGCGUGGGCAGCAUCCGCAGUGCCGGCAGCGGGCAGAGCUCCGAGGGCACCAACGGCCACGGUGGCGGCCUCCUUAUUGAGAAUGCCCAGCCACUGCCCUCUGCCGGGGAGGACCACGUGCUGCCAGGACUGCACCCCCUGCCCCUGGCAGACAACCUGAGCCACCACCCUCUGGCCAGCUACCGCUCUGGGGACCAGAUCUUCACCCAGGACAUGAGGCCAGGACAGCUGCUGGAGGGGAAGGAUGCCCAGGCCAUUCACAACUGGCUGAGUGAGUUCCAGCUGGAGGGUUACACGGCCCAUUUCCUGCAGGCUGGCUACGAUGUGCCCACCAUCAGCCGGAUGACACCUGAGGACCUGACGGCCAUUGGGGUGACCAAGCCUGGGCACAGGAAGAAGAUUGCCUCUGAAAUCGCCCAGCUCAGCAUCACGGAGUGGCUGCCCAACUACAUCCCGGCGGACUUGCUGGAGUGGCUGUGUGCGCUGGGGCUGCCACAGUACCACAAGCAGCUGGUGAGCAGCGGCUAUGACUCCAUGGGGCUGGUGGCCGACCUCACCUGGGAGGAGCUGCAAGAGAUCGGUGUCAACAAGCUAGGGCAUCAGAAGAAGCUCAUGCUGGGGGUGAAGCGGCUGGCGGAGCUCCGCCGGGGCCUGCUGCAGGGGGAGGCCCCAGGCGAAGGCGGGCGCCGGCUGGCCAGAGGCCCCGAGCUGAUGGCCAUUGAGGGGCUGGAGAAUGGGGACAGUCCGGCUGCAGCCAGCCCACGUCUCCUCACCUUCCAGGGCAGCGAUCUGAGCCCAGAGCUACAGGCAGCCAUGGCGGGGGGUGGCCCUGAGCUGCUGCCCCUGCCACCCGCUCGCUCCCCCAGUCAGGAGAGCAUUGGGGCGCGCUCGAGAGGGUCUGGUCACUCACAGGAGCACCCAGCCCCCCAUCCCAGUGGUGGAGACCCCAGCACCCCACAGGAAAGGAACCUUCCUGAAGGCACAGAGCGGCCCCCUAAGCUCUGCUCCCCACUUUCAGGCCAAGGGCCUCCCCCUUAUGUCUUUAUGUACCCCCAGGGUUCGGCCUCCAGCCCAGCCCCAGGGCCACCUCCCGGUGCACCCCGGGCCUUCUCUUACUUAGCCGGCACCCCUGCCACACCCCCAGACCCACCUCGGCCAAAGCGUCGGUCCCAUAGCCUAAGCCGGCCUGGCCCGGCAGAGGGGGAAGCAGAGGGGGAGGCUGAAGGGCCCGUGGGCAGCGCCUUGGGCAGCUAUGCCACCCUCACUCGGCGACCAGGGCGCAGUGCCCUCACUCGGACCAGUCCCAGCCCCACCCCGGCUCGAGGGGCUCCCCGCAGCCAGUCGUUCGCCCUUCGGGCCCGCCGCAAAGGACCCCCACCCCCACCCCCUAAGCGCCUCAGCUCUGUCUCCAGCCCCACUCCUGAGCCACCUCCACUAGACGGGAGCCCUGGACCCAAGGAGGGGGCUGCGGGGCCCCGGAGGCGGACACUGAGUGAACCUGCUGGGCAGUUGGAGGCCCCAGGCCCUCAGGCCCCAGCAGGCCCUGUGUCGGACACGGAAGAGGAGGAACCGGGGCCUGAGGGGACACCCCCAUCUCGGGGCAGCUCAGGGGAGGGGCUGCCGUUCGCGGAGGAGGGAAACCUGACCAUUAAACAGCGGCCGAAGCCGGCCGGACCCCCAGCAAGGGAGACGCCCGUGUCCCCUGGCCUCGAUUUCAACCUCACAGAAUCAGACACUGUUAAGCGGAGGCCCAAGUGCCGGGAGAGGGAACCUCUGCAGACAGCGCUGCUGGCCUUCGGGGUGGCCAGCACCAUGUCCGGCUCCUCGGCCCCUCUGACCUCCCAGACCUCCAGUGAGGCCCCCUCCUCAGCAUCUCCCCCUCCCCGCCCUGACCCUAGCAGCCUUCCAGCUCCAGGAGCUCCAGCCUCUGUAUCUCCUAGCCCCCUGGCUGUGCCCCUCUGCCCUGGGCCAGGUCUAGAACACUCAGUGGGCAGUCCCAGGAAUGGGGAGGCGGAGCCCCUGGCUACCCCCUCAGCUCUCAUCAAGGUGCCUGGAGCAGGAACAGCCCCCAAGCCUGUGUCUGUAGCCUGCACCCAGCUGGCGUUUUCUGGCCCGAAGCUGGCUCCCCGGCUUGGCCCCCGCCCAGUGCCCCCUCCGAGGCCCGAGAGCACCGGGGCUUCGGGCAGAGGCCGGGCCCAGCAGAGACUGGAGCAGACCAGCUCGUCCCUGGCUGCUGCGCUGAGGGCAGCAGAGAAAAGCAUCAGCGCUGAGGAGCAAUCAGGCCCCCCUGGGCCCUCCACCAAGCACAUUCUGGAUGACAUCAGUACCAUGUUUGAUGCCCUCGCUGACCAGCUAGACGCAAUGCUGGAUUGAGCCGGGCCCACCUCCACCUGUGGUGUCCACUGCCUUGGCCCCAGCAUGGAAGGAGCUCCUGCCAUCUGAGGGACAGACGGAGGGCUGGCGCCUCUCCCCAGCACGGCCCCCUCCUGCUCCUCCAAGCCAACUCCUGCCACAGAGCCAGGGAACUUGCCAGAACCUGACUAGCUGAGGGGCCUCUGUGGCAUCUCAGCAAACCACCCACCCCUGCCAAAGCCCCCCGUGUAAUCUAACCACAGCCCUGAUAAGAGCUUGCUCCCCAGGAGAGGGGUGUGGCAGUGUGGCAAGGCUUCUGGGGUCAUACUCUGCCUGCCCCACCCCCCCAUCUCAAGGCCUCUUGCCUCCUACCGUGUGACCCUGGCUGCACGCCAGAGGCCAGAGGCGGCCUGUGGGCUGCUCGGCUGCAACCCUGGUGUCUGUCAGGCAUCUCUCACAGGUGUACACAGGACAUGUAAAUAAGACGGCAGGGGUGGGCCUGCAGUGGCAGCGUGGUGCCCAGGCUAGCCGCCCCCACCUCCGCCCCCCUCACAGUGGGAUCCCUAUCUCAAAAGUCCGAGCUUUUUCAACUGUAAAUGUUAUUUUUUAAGCAGAGAGAAAUGCAUAUAUUUUAAAUGGAAUUUAUUCUAUCUAUUAACUGCCUGAGAAGACACAGUGGGAGAGCCUCCGGGCCACGGCAAGAGCACCCCUGGCCCCUUGUGGGGCUGGAGGUCAGAUCUGCUCGGCCCAGGCUCCGGCUCUGUAACCAUUAACCUCCUCCCCCAACUAACACCAAUGAAAGUGUCAUUCCGCAUGGUCGGCUGUGUGUGUGCGUCUGCGCCACGGACCUGGGGUUCAGAG